AUGGCCACAACGCCAGGACCCAAGCGCGCAACUCGCGCGGCCAGUUUGCCCCCCGCGCCCGAGCUGUACGUCCUCUCCGACUUCGACUCCGACGACGAUGUCAAUCCGGCCGCAAUGCGGUUGGCAUUGGAGGCUCUGGAGACUGGAAGAAAGCGCGGCAAAGGGGAGGUUCCUGAUGACAGUGACGAGGAAGAUGACUCUUUGUCGGAUGCAUCAAGUGCAAAGAGCAAAUCCUCCCCUCAUUUCGAUCCUUUUCUGCGCCAUAUAAUUACUGUGUUGAUUAUGUGCCGUCAGAUGUUUUCAAGUAAUGAAACAGUACUGAUGUUAAAGGAACUAGGGCACCACGACGCCGGCUGUAGGGAAUUCAAGGGCCACGACGACGCCGGCUGCAGGGAGGCCGCGACAACGCUGCUGGCUGUAGGGAGGGCUGCCACCACGUUGGCUGCAGGGCCGGUCGCGAGCCCGCGACGCCGCCUGGGAAAUUGA